AUGAGGAAGAUUUAUGAGGCAUGGAAUGAUCCACCCUGUUCGGAAGACAGCAGAGCACAUGCCAAGAUGCCAGAGUGCCACUGAGGCACACGGACAAUCCCUGACUCACGCCUCUCUAUUAAACUUUAAGAUUUAUUAGUAAUAUGCUGCCUUUGGAAGAUGAAAAGAAACUAGUGCCAAGAAAGCGUAUUCUUCCGUAUUUGGAAUAGACGUGCUCUCAAGACAAUGGCUUCAAAGGUCUCCUGUUUGUACGUUUUGACAGUUGUGUGCUGGGCCAGCGCUCUCUGGUACUUGAGCAUAACCCGUCCCACUUCUUCCUACACUGGCUCCAAGCCAUUCAGCCACCUAACAGUCGCCAGGAAAAACUUCACCUUUGGCAACAUAAGAACUCGACCUAUAAACCCGCAUUCUUUUGAAUUUCUUAUAAAUGAGCCGAACAAAUGUGAGAAAAACAUUCCUUUCCUUGUUAUCCUCAUCAGCACCACCCACAAGGAAUUCGAUGCCCGCCAGGCAAUCCGAGAGACGUGGGGGGACGAGAACAACUUCAAAGGGAUCAAGAUCGCCACUCUCUUCCUCCUGGGCAAGAACGCUGACCCUGUCCUGAACCAGAUGGUGGAGCAAGAGAGCCAGAUCUUCCACGACAUCAUCGUGGAGGACUUCAUUGACUCCUACCACAACCUGACCCUCAAAACACUCAUGGGGAUGAGGUGGGUGGCCACUUUUUGUUCAAAAGCCAAGUACGUCAUGAAAACAGACAGUGACAUUUUUGUAAACAUGGACAACCUUAUUUAUAAAUUACUGAAACCCUCCACCAAGCCAAGAAGAAGAUAUUUUACUGGCUAUGUCAUCAAUGGAGGGCCAAUUCGGGACGUCCGCAGUAAGUGGUAUAUGCCCAGGGAUUUGUACCCUGACAGUAACUACCCACCGUUCUGUUCGGGGACUGGCUAUAUCUUUUCAGCAGAUGUGGCUGAACUUAUUUACAAAACCUCACUCCACACAAGGCUGCUUCACCUUGAAGACGUAUAUGUGGGACUGUGUCUUCGAAAACUGGGCAUACAUCCUUUCCAGAACAGUGGCUUCAAUCACUGGAAAAUGGCCUACAGUUUGUGUAGGUAUCGCCGAGUUAUCACCGUGCAUCAAAUCUCCCCAGAAGAAAUGCACAGAAUCUGGAAUGACAUGUCAAGCAAGAAACAUCUCAGAUGUUAGGAUUUUUACCGAUGUAAAUACGUUUUUGUUUUUGUUUUUUUAAGAAAUGGGGCCUAAGGUGUUGGUAUUUUACAGGUGUCACCAGGGGAAAUGGACUGGUGAAGGGGUUUUGUAUAGUUUUUGCUUCCUGCUUCUAGUUCCUUUCUUGGAUUACCAAUUUACAAAUGUUAGGCUCUGGUCAUAGAAACAAUAAAUGAGUUAGAAGGGCCA